GCCACUCCCAUCAACACUUGCAGCACAGCUCUCCCCUGGAGAUCCAAGCAGAGGGCAGAUCUUUGCUGGGACUAGGCAAGUCCUAAGCCCAAGGAGAACACGGAGCAGAGCCAUGAGCAUCGUCUUGGAUAUCCUCCUGCUUCUGACCACCAUCAUCUACUCCUAUUUGGAGUCCUUGGUGAAAGUUUUCAUUCCCCAGAGGAGAAAAUCUGUGGCUGGUGAGAUUGUUCUCAUUACAGGAGCCGGGCAUGGAAUAGGCAGGAUGACUGCCUAUGAAUUUGCAAAACGGAAAAGCAGACUGGUUCUGUGGGAUGUUAAUAAGCAUGGUGUUGAGGAAACUGCAGCUGAGUGCAGAAAACUAGGGGCCACUGUGCAUGUAUUCGUGGUAGACUGCAGUAACAGAGAAAUGAUUUAUAACUCUGUGAACCAGGUAAAGAAAGAAGUGGGUGAUGUAACCAUCAUAGUGAAUAAUGCUGGGAUAGUAUAUCCAGCUGACCUUCUCAGUACCAAGGAUGAAGAAAUUACCAAAACCUUUGAGGUCAACACCCUAGGACAUUUUUGGAUCACAAAAGCACUUCUUCCAUCAAUGAUGAAGAGAAAUCAUGGCCACAUAGUCACAGUGGCUUCAGUGUGUGGCCACGGAGUGAUUCCUUAUCUCAUUCCAUAUUGUUCCAGCAAAUUUGCUGCUGUUGGUUUCCACCAAGCUCUGACAUCAGAACUUGCAGCCUUAGGAAAAACUGGUAUCAAAACUUCGUGUCUCUGCCCAGUGUUUGUGAAUACUGGGUUCACCAAAAACCCAAGUACAAGAUUGUGGCCCAUACUAGAGACAGAAGAAGUUGCAAGAAGCUUAAUAGAUGGAAUACUUACCAACAAGAAAAUGAUUUUUGUUCCAUCUUACAUAAAUAUCUAUUUAACACUAAUGGGAUUUCUUCCUGAACGUGCCAUUGCAGCUAUAAAUCAUUUACAGAAUAUUCAGUUUGAAGCAGUGGUUGGCCAUAAAACCAAAAUGAAAUGAAUAAGUAAGCUCCAGCCAGAGAUGUAUGCACCCUAAUGAUAUGGAUCUAAGUUUAGAGUCAAUGCUUCAAAGCUUUAUUUCACAUUUUUCAAUGUUGUUAAUAUUAAAAACACUGGCUUGGCAUUAGCAGCAGUUGAAUGA